AUGGACAUUCCCUCUGAAGCCUCGGAGUUGCCGAUCCGUGCAACCGCGCGUCAGCUGAAAACCCCAAAGGGAACCCUGGACUUUAUUGGCACGGAGAUGAAUCGAACCCUCAGCGAUGUCUUCGAACGUCACGGCGGCCAGGAGCUCGACACGCCCGUUUUCGAACUCAAGGAAAUCCUCUCAGGAAAGUAUGGCGAAGAUUCGAAGCUCAUCUAUGACCUGCAAGACCAAGGUGGCGAGCUAUGUUCUCUACGAUACGACCUCACCGUCCCCUUUGCUCGCUGGUUGGCCAUGAACAGCAACUACACGCAGGUGAGCCGGUACCAGAUCGCAAAGGUCUACCGGCGUGAUCAACCUGUCGUGUCGCGUGGCAGAUACAGAGAGUUCUACCAAUGUGACUUCGACAUUGCGGGCGAGUACGAGCCCAUGACCACCGACGCCGAGAUCCUCUUGAUCAUCGUCGAAGCCUUUGAGGCGCUGAAAAUGAACAUCACGAUCAAGAUCAAUCACAGGAGGACUCUGGACGGCAUGUUCGCCGUUGCGGGGGUGCCGGAUGACAAGAUCCGAGCCAUCAGCUCAGCUGUGGAUAAGCUCGACAAGUUGUCAUGGGGUGAGGUGAAACAGGAGAUGGUUGAUCAGAAGGGCCUACCAGAAUCCGUAGCCGACCAGAUCGGUCAAUUUGUCCGAGGCCGUGGUAGCUCCGCCGAGAUCCUGGGCCAACUGAAAGACGAUGAGAAGCUGGCAGCCAACGAGGAUGUCAAAACUGGAAUCGACGACGUGGCCCUGCUUCUCUCUUACUUAGAGGCAUACGACAUUGCAGACAAAAUCUCGUUCGACCUGUCCCUAGCUCGCGGGCUCGACUACUACACGGGUGUCAUCUUCGAAGUUGUCACUUCUCUACCCAAUGCCAAAGACGCCGGCACGAACAAAGAGCCCCAGGUCGGCAGCAUAGCUGCAGGUGGACGCUACGAUAAGCUGGUGGGCAUGUACUGUGACCGAGACGUUCCGAACGUCGGCGUAUCGUUCGGCGUCGAGCGCAUCUACACGAUCCUCAACGCGCGGAGACCCAAGAAGAAGAAGGGGGAGUCGGUGAUUUCUCAGGACUUUGACGUUUACGUCGUCGCGGCGGGAGGUGGCGGCCUUUUGGUCGAGCGGAUGGCAAUCUGUGGCCAGCUGACGAGGGCCGGUAUCAGAGCGGGCUUCUUGAGAAAGGCGAAGCCGAGCUUGCGCUCGCAGUUCAAUGCCGCUGACAAGGUACCUCUAACCGUCAUUUUAGGUCCGGACGAGCUGGCUGCCGGCAACGUGAGGCUGAAGGCAUCCACGGGCAAGGAUUCAGAACCCGCUGCGCAGGGCAAGGGUGAGAAAGAUCGCGGUCAACUGGUCGCCAGAGACGAUCUUGUGGUGGAGGCCCAUCAUGACGGGUGCUGCUCCAACCCUUCCGCUCUUUUCAACAUGUUGAGAUCUGUGCUUGGCUUGUACGGCCUGCUCAGCACCGUGGCUGCCGCCUCAGACUCGGUCAAGGUCAAGUGGCUCGAGGGCACUCCCAAUUACCUCGGGGGAGUGACCUUUGGUCUGCCAUGGCCCCGUGGACAGCACCUCGCGGACGCCACAACCUUCAGCGCUUCGGGUGAUGCUCAGUUGCAAUCGUGGGUCACCGCCGUCUGGCCUGAUGGCUCAUUGAAAUGGACGGGACACGCGCUCGGUGCCAGUGACUCGCCCGCCGUCGAAUACACCAUCACUGCAUCUGGGGCGGGAAACACGACUUCAUCCCGCCUGAGACGACAGAGCAGCAACAGCACUUCCGGUGUCCAAGUCAGCGACUCUGACGACGAGAUCGUUGUAAACACUGGCAAGGUCACGGCAACAUUCCCCAAGUCGGGCGAUGUUCUGGUGUCAUCUAUCGAGGCAGGCGGCAAAGUUGUCGGAAACAACGGUCGUCUUGUCUUGAGGUCUCAGAGCGGAACUCCUGACGAUGACGAGGACGGGAAACCUGCUGGCAUCGAGUACUUCAGUUUUGCCAGCAAGAUCUACAACGCGACUGUCGCGGAGGACAGCACGGCGCGUGCACUGGUGACCGUGCAAGGCAUCCAUUCGGCUGUUGAUAGGGAGGGCGCGCAUGAUGACUGGCUCCCAUUCACACUGCGAUUCUACCUUUACUCCAACUCCGAGGCCAUUCGCAUCAUCCACACCAUUAUCUACGACGGCGAGGCCAAGACAGACUUCAUCUCAGGGCUUGGUGUUCGGUUCGACGUGCCUCUUGCUGAGGAAGAGCAGUACAACCGCCACGUCCGCAUUGCGGGUGUCGAUGGUGGUCUGUUGCACGAAGCGGUCCAAGGAAUCACUGGUCUCCGUCGUGACCCGGGCGCCGACGUGAGGUCUGCCCAGUUCAAUGGCACUGAGACGCCUGACAAGGCGACUUGGGACCAGAGGGUUACCACUCGCCUGCAAUGGAUCCCCACGUGGAGCGACUACAGACUCACCCAGCUUUCACCAGAUGGCUUCAACCUCAAGAAGCGCACCAAGGCUGGACAGAGUUGGGUGACCAUCCCCGGUGGCACCCGCUCUGGAGGUCUUGCUUACCUGGGCGGCUCCUCCGUCGGAGGUCUUGCCCUUGGGCUGCGUGACUUCUGGAAGAAGUACCCUACCAGCUUGGAUAUCUCCAACGCUGCCACAGAUACCGGGUCCAUCACGUUGUGGCUUUACAGCCCCCAGGCUGAGCCCCUCGACUUGAGACCAUACCAUGACGGGCUGGGCCAAGACACAUACGCGAAGCAGCUGGAUGCACUUGAGAUCACUUACGAAGACUAUGAGGGCGGGUACAAUACACCGUACGGAGUGGGCCGCACCAACGAGUUGUUCCUGUAUGCCUUUGCAAGCACUCCAUCUGCUGACACCCUCUCGGCUCUCACCAAUCACACCAACAAUCCCCCAGUCUUGAUCCCUGAGCCGGGGUACAUACGCGACACUAAAGCCAUUGGCAGCUACUGGGAUGUGCCAGGCUCGCCAGUGGACUCUGCAGAGGGCCAGACGAUUGAAAACAACAUGGACUUCCUCAUCAAAUUCUAUGAAGGUCAAGUUGAGCAACGUCGGUGGUACGGAUUCUGGGACCACGGCGACAUCAUCCACACCUAUGACGAUGACCGCCACCAGUGGCGGUAUGAUAUUGGUGGCUACGCCUGGGACAACUCGGAGCUUUCCCCUGACUUGUUCUUCUGGGGUCACUUCCUGCGCACUGGCCGCGCAGACGCAUACAAGCUAGCCCACGACCAAGCACGUCACGGUGGAGAGGUCGAUUCAUACCAUCUCGGCAACUUCACUGGUCUCGGAACGAGGCACGGCGUCCAGCACUGGAGCGACAGCGCAAAGCAGGCUCGUAUUUCUACGCCCGUGUACAGGAAGACCUUCUUCUACAUCUCCGGCGGCGACGAGCGCACCGGCGAUCUCGUGCGCGAGGUGCAAGAGGCCGCAAAGGCCUUUGUCCUCGUCGACGCCCGCCGCAAGGUCCGCGCGCCCGACGUCGUCUACAAGCCCGACCCAACAGCGCUAUACCUCAACUUCGGCACCGACUGGGCCGGCCUCGCGCAGGCCUACCUGAUCGAGUGGGAGCGGCGCGGCCCGGGCUGGGAGGAGGCGCGCGACAAGAUCACCGAGGCGCUCCGGACGUACCCCAAGCUCAAGAACGGCUUCGUGACCGGCGAGGCCCUGUACGACUCGUACACGGGCGCCUGGGCGCCCCCGCCCACGGACCCGUCCAACAGCGGCAACGUCACCGUCAGCCACCUCUCGGGCGUCUUCGGCGUCCUCGAGACCAUCGACCAGAUCGUCGAGCACUUCGGCCCGGAGGGGCGCAAUAUUACACGGCCUUUCUAUGACGCGUUUCUCGACUACUGCUACUACUACGGCGCCCCCAAGGCCGAGCAGGCGGCGCGGUACGGCAAGGACUUUGGGAACCUCAACCUCAAGCAGGGCCACUCGCGCUUCACCGCCUACGUCGCCAACAGGCGCCAGAACGCCACCCUGGUCCCGCGGGUCUGGUCCGAGUACCUGGGCGACGGCAGCAAGGACGGCCUCGCGCCUGAUGCGCCGUGGAGGACGGAGAGGUUCGACGGCAGUGAUGUCCUUGUUCCUGUCGAUGAGGCCAAGUGGGUUAGCACGAAUGCCGCUGCUCUCUAUGGUGUGGCCGGCUUUGAGAACUUGGCUCUGGUGGACAAAGCUCUUGCUGGCGGCUCCAACGCAAAUUCCACCGACGGCUUCGCCGUCUCCGGCCUCAGCAUCGGCAGCGGCAGCGGCAGUUCCACGUGCCUGCGAGCCGACCAGGCCAUCAACACGGUCCAUCUUUCCAACUUGCCCUGCGCCACCUCCACCCCAACCAACGACCAGAAUGGGACGUACCCCGUAUCUCUGCACGACCUCCCGGCGGCUCUAACUCUUGUCUUCCAAUUUAUGGACAUCGGAUGCUUCGCCAGCUCCGCACCGUAA